GCGGUGUUAGGUUUCAAAACACCGUAUAUCCUCCGUCUAGAGCAUUGAUCUGUCUAACCCCUCCAACUCAGCUUCAUUGUUAAUUUGGCAUCAGUCCUUCAUUUGCCCUAGUGAACUUGACAGUGAUUCCUAUCCAGCAGUGGUUUGAACGAUGCAUUACAAUUUGCUGUUACUGAUCUUAUCUGCGUUCAAGCUCGCCGAGGGAGGUUUGUUCGACAGUACGACCAGAAACACUCUUGAGGGUAUUGCCUUUCCGUACUCAAACCAGCAGUUUGUGAUGGGCAAUGGAACUGAAUAUAUGGGCAGACAAGCAAGUGAAUGUUACGGAGAAGCAGCAGACACAGUGGUGUCAGCAAUUCCUCAAACUAACAAUUUCCUUGAUCUGGUCAACUUCAUGGAGUUUAUCCAACAAACUAAGGCUGGAGCAGCACAGAAAGGUGAUGCAGGGAACUUCUACCAAGUAGCAAAAGCUGCGAUGGUGAGUGGCAAUACUUUUGUGGCACAGGAGAACAUGGCAAGAGCCCUGGGGGCCAUAGAGAGUUACAAUAAACGUAGAAAGAGGAGUGAUGAUGAGGGUUCGUGGAGUGCCCAAGAUUUAUUCGAUGAGUUCAGGAACUCGGUUGGCGAGGAAAAGUUCAAAGAUGUUCUUCAUCUCAAUAAAAAGGUGACAAUGGCGUUUGUAAUUGACACCAGCAGUAGCAUGAAGGAUGAUAUGAAGAACGUGAGAGCGUACAUCCAGCAGCUAAUAUUAGAGCAGCAGAAGGCUGGCGUUGAAGCUGAGUUUAUCGUUACUACAUUCGCUGAUAAUCCCGCAACUAUCCGAACGUUCAAGACAUCGCACGAUAUUAUGAGAUACAUUCAGAACUUGACACCAAGCGUCGGGGGCGACUGUGAAGAAAGAACAUGUUAUGGUAUAUUGUCAACUCUUUAUAGAAGCACCUUUAUGAGGGUCCGAAACUCAGUCAUGUACGUGUUCACAGACGCUACUAGCAAGGAUUGCUUCAGGUCUGCCUCCUCUAUCAUGAGAAGUCUUGCUUUCUUGAAAGCACCUGUGUUUUUCAUUCUGUUCGACAGCUGUAAGCCAACUAUUGACAGCAACUACGUGAAAAUGGCGCACAACACAGGUGGUUUCUGCUUGUUGCUGAAGGAGAAUGGGGUGUACAAUGUAACUGACACUGUAAACGGUGCUUUUGAUAAAGACGCUCUGAUUUGUGGAGAAGAGAGUGACAAUGCUUUGUCGGUUGUUGGACAGGGUGCUAUUGAUAAUUCCAGGAAGAAGAGAAGUGCUGCGGAGGACGGAGAGGUUUCUGAAAAACUUGAGAAGUCACUUCUAGUGGAUACAAGCAUGGAGAAAUUCAAAGUGAUAGCUACCAUUACACCAGCUUCUCUCCUAAAUAAGGUUUCAUUAGAGAAGCCAGCAGACGGAGACUCAGCCAGAUGUGGCAAUCUCAGAUCGGGAGAACCAAACAUCAAGAUAGCAGAGUCAGUUGCUGAUAACACUGUUAUCUUUGAUGUGACAGCGGAGAGUUGUCCUUGUACUGGGGAGUGGAAAGUCAAAUACCCGGAAGAAGCGAGUUCGUUUACCUACUCAGUCAAGAGUUCAGGAGAAUAUCUGGUUGCUUUUGAAGCUUACUUUGUAGAUGAGACCGGUCCUAAUAGAAUCGCAAACUACGCUCCUUGUUUAGGAAUUGAAGAAAAUCUUGUCAUAAAGCUGAACCAAGGAGAGAAAGUAAAUACAAACACUCUUUACGCCAAACUUGUUGGUGUAGCAGGUAACGUUGUUCACUGGCGAGGAGCUCUUGCAACAGACAAGCAGGCUGACAAUGCGUUUGUAGUGACACUCACUAUUCCACCUGACAUGGGAACAGAAGGUUUCAGGAUUGUUCUAGGAGGAGAGAUAGUGGAUGGAACUAAGUUCCAGCGAGUGUCUCCCAACUAUUUCCACCCUACCAGUUCCUGCCUUAGAAUUACUGAUGUUGGCAACUUCUACGCCCUCUCUCCAAACAGAAAGACGUAUAUAAAAGUGCAGGUGACAAACAAUAACGCAUACGAGGAGUUGUAUCUUCUCAGCUGCUCCAAUACAGAGAACUAUGACGUCACUAUAGGGUUCCCUCUUAUCACAUCUCCUGACAAGAAAGACAAACGUGCCCGCAGCAACCCUGUUGUGUUGAAGUCAAAGCAGACGGCUGAAUUUACCGUGAACGUAGCUGCUCCGAGAAACACUAAAGAGGGAAGGAUAGUCUCAGUGACGUGUAAAGUGACCGCGUCAGCAGAUGAGUUGAUAGACAUGGUGAGAUUGACAGAGAUACCGGAACGAUUUGGCAAAUUGAGCGGAUGAAAAAACUUUAUUCUCCAACGGUCAAUAUCUGUAUAUUGUUCGACCAAAUUAUUCAAGGAAAGUUCGGUUAUUGAUAAAAUGAACAAUAAACUGUUGUAUGUUGUUAAUUUUAUUUCUAUUCUUAUUUUAGUGAUAUUUUAGAGAUAGUAAUAAAUUUUUCCGAAAACAUGCAUCUAUUUCAUUUUCUUUUCUUAAGGAUAAGAAUACGGCUUUGAAACUUGUAAAAAGAAAUGUUGUUUUAUUUUUUAAACAAUAAAGUCCCUCAUAGGAGUAAAAUUUGACUUCCGAUAUCAAUUCUCAAAAGAUUUCAUUAGCUCCCUAAUCCCGGGGUCAGAUCACGUUACUAAUUAAUGUCACGAUUAAUUAGUGAUGUGAUUCAUGGAUUGAAUAUUAUUGACCUAGAAAUGGGCUAAAUCUGGGGUAGAGUUCGCAUGACAAGUACUACAUAGAACUAGAAGCUAUAAAUUAAGAAGUGAACAUGAUCUCUCUGCUCGAUUCAUAGAUCACAUAAGGGACGGGAACCUUGCUAAAGGUUCUCGUAUCAAGGGAUGUGAGACGUACGUGCCAAAAGCAUGCAAGGGGAGUGAGCCGAUCAAGUGUUUUAGGUAUAAAUAUUGGGUGAUAGAAGGUAGUGGUAUCGCAUUCUAUCAACAGUCAUGCCUACCUUCUCCAAGUUCCUCAAUGGUUUCAGAGGAUGUCAACAGGUGCUUGAUUCUGACGGAUAUAUCUACAGCAGGAAGAAAUAUGAUGACACCGUCCUCUCCUCUGCUUGGCGUUGCCAGAAGAACAAAUCCCUUAAAUGUCCCUGCCACUGCUACCUCGCUCUCACAGACAACACCCUUUCCCUUGGAAGUAAACCACACAACCACGAUUCGGAUUUGGCUACCCCACAGAGACUCGAACUCUAACAACGCUCAAGAGGAAGGCUGCUGAACAACCCAUGUCGGCAACUCGGAACCUGAUCGCAGAAGUCCUUGCAGAUGCUUCAACAGAAGUAAAUCAAACGCUACCAAAUAUGGAAUCCCUUGGAAAAGUCGUCCAACGAGCCAGAGCUUCUGCCCGACACACCAAUUUGAAGUCCUCUCUUAAAUUCGUUCAAGGGAAACGACGAAAAUUGCAGCCAAAGUCCAAACAGAAGAUUAAGGAUGACUUUAACAAGAACCUACUCGAAGAGUUUCAGAUCUUUUCGAAGGAACAGCAGUAUGCCAGAAAAAUGACAGCUUCGUUGAUAUAGGAAAUAUUUAACUUAUUAUGAUUUAUUUUAUGUAUGUAUUUUGAAAAAGUUCGCUGAGUUUACCGCAAAAUGUAUCAAAUUGAAACAUCUUGAAUUAAAUGAGAAAAUGUUCUUUGUACUGCAAUUUAAUAUACGUUGUAAUAUCAAAUAGCGAUAAAUGAAAUUGCUUUAAACCUCGCGAUUUAAUUUCGUUUUACUAAAAGGAAUUGUGAGUUUAAGAACUGAUUAAAACAUUGAAUUAAGGAGAAA